AUGGCAACAACAACAAACGCCACCACCACCCACUACCCAGACGACUUCAAAUGCCCGAUUUCUCUUGAGAUAAUGUCGGAGCCGGUCAUCCUUUCUUCCGGCCACACCUUCGACCGCUCCUCAAUCCAACGGUGGCUUGACGCAGGCCACCGUACUUGUCCUAUCUCCAAAUUACCCCUCUCCGACCCUCCUUCUUUAAUCCCUAACCACGCCCUUCGCAGCCUUAUCUCCAGCUACACCGCCCUCAAUUUAUCAAAACCUAAUCAAAACCGAGGAGACCCGGAAACCCUAAUUUCUAACUUGACUUCGAAAUCGUCGUCGCCGGAGGCUAAGCUUGUCUCGAUUGAACAGCUCUGUCAGCUUUCAAAACGCGAUUUCGAGCUUCGGAAACGGCUGACCGAGUCAGGAGCUGUAGCGGCCGUUCUGGCUUGUAUUUCGAGGAAAAAUUAUAUUACUUUGCAGGAAAAAGCUUUAAAAUUGCUGUUGAAUUUGAGCUUAGAUGAUGACAACAAGGUGGGUUUGGUGGCAGAGGGUGCAAUUAGUAGUAUCAUUGCUGCUUUAUGUGGCGGAGAGUCUGCAGAUUGUAGGGCAACGGCGGCAACGGUGUUGACGAGUCUAGCGGUGGUGGAAGUCAAUAAAGCAACAAUCGGCGCAUACCCUUUUGCGAUUAGAGGGUUAGUUACGCUUUUGAGAGAGGGCGGAGGACGCGAGAGGAAAGAAGCUGCCACCGCUCUUUACGCCCUUUGUUGUUUUCCGGAUAACCGGAGACGAGCGGUGGAAUGUGGGGCGGUGGAAAUCUUAGUGAUUUCAUUGAAUUCCGGGCUUGAAAGGGCGGUUGAAGUAUUGGGUUUAUUGGCGAAGUGUAAAAGAGGGAGAGAUGAAAUGGUCAGGUUUAAUGGUUGUGUAAAGAGUUUGAUUCAUGUUAUACGUAAUGGGAGUUGGAGAGGUGUUCAAUACGCACUCAUGACAUUGAAUUUACUUUGUUUGAGUAGUGAAGUAAUUUGUAUGGAGGCAUUGAAGGAAGGUGCAUUUGACAUUUGUUUGAGGUUGUGUUUGAUCCAUCGGGAGAUCGAGACAGAUGAAGCAAUCAACGAAGAUAGUUAAAUAUUCGGAAGAAAACAAACAUAAAAGGUAUGUUUUAUCAUGAAAAUUUAUGGAAUUUAUAAAAAAAAUGUUCAUAGAAAGUUGAAAAAACAAAAGGAAUCUUGAAAGAUUAUGUGAUUAAUUUGGUGAGUUUGGAUGCACCAACUAUGCCUGCAGGCUUAUGAAAGUGAUGUUAUUGACUAAUAUAAUUGCAUGAUUCAUGACUUUUAGGGCAUCUAAUAGACUAAUAAUAGAUAAUUUUCCUUUUUAUUUUAGGGUUAAACUUAAAUGCAUUGAAAUAACAAUGUACUUUUGUUUAUUAUAGCAUACUACUUUCUUCUUUUCCUAUUAUAACAUUGUACUUUGAAAAUCCAGUUAUAGUAUUGUACUUUCAUUUAAAUUACAAUAUGCAAAUAAGAAAAAAAAAUGUUGUAAUAGAAAAAAAAAAUGAAAGUAGGAUGCAAUAAUAAACAAAUUAAUAAAAGUACAUUGCUAUUUUCUUGCAUUUAGCAUCCAAAACCCGGUUUUUCUUAGCCUAGAAGAUAAUGUGCCUUUUUGCUUUCUUGAACAAGUACGUUCCUUUUGACUUUUUAUAUGUUGACUUAGCAUUGACUAUCUUCAUUUCUUAUUAUAUGUACAAGUACAACUGUUAUUUAAUACUCACCAUGGCCCACGUUCAAUCUUUAUUGGGCUAGUACGGGCCCAAUCUUUUGACUCUAGGUGGGCUGGUUUGGACCACCCUAGUAGGGAUGAAAGGCCAGCCAUGUAAUGUGGGCCCAUUAUACUAUUUUUUUUUUUGUGUCAAAAUGAUAACAAUUGUAUAAUAUUUGGUGAAGACAGUAAUUUGUUUCCUAUUCUUUACGCUAUGUUUAGUACCAAAAAGAGUUCCUUUUUUUUUUUCCAACUUUUGUUAUUUUCUAAAAAACCCUUGUGUGUAUAAACUAUUUAGAAAUUUGUGUGUUUUUAUUAGAUUAUGAGCC